AUGGAUAAACAUGAAAUAUUAUUUUGGAAAGUUUUUAAAAAUAAAUUUUUGUUUCAUGUUAUUCUUACUCAUUUAACGGCAAUGUGUUUAGAUUAUGACACAAUCAAUAAAUAUUUUUUAGGUAAUAGAGUGCCAUUAAAAAGGAUUAGAACAAUAUCAUUCUAUAUAAAAAGAAGAGCAUGGACAUUAUUAAAGGAUAGAAUUCUCAAUGGUAAUGGUAAUAACAUUAAAAAAGGUGAACAAGAAGAUUAUUUAAUUAUAAGAAAAAAAAAUAUUAAAGAGUUAUUAUUUAUAACAUCAUCAUCAGCGCCAUCAUCAGUGCCAUCACCAUCACCAUCACCAUCACCACCACAAACAUUAUCAAGAUCAUUAAAAUAUGGGUCAAUUGUUUGUGAUAAUAGUGAAAAACAAAUUAUAAUUGAUAUUUUGAAAUGUUUAUGUGAAAAGAAAAAAGAACAAAUGAAAUCAGUGGAUUUAAUAUUGGAAUCAGUUAAAUUUAAGAAUUUAGAAGCACUCAAAUUGUUUACAGAACAAUUCCACGAUAUUGAAACAACAAAAGAACCAAUGGAUUGUGCAAUUAAAAUUAAUGAUAUGGAAUUGAUUGAAUACUUGGGAAAUAAUAGAAAAGAAGGUUUCACAUAUAGAGAUGCUUUCAACUCAAAUAUUGUUAAAUUAGAAACUCAACAAAUGCUACUCAACAAUUUAAUGAAAUUUAAUGCAAAAUUAAAUGGUGGUGCCACAUUUAAUAUUGAUUUUUGUACAUUUAUCAAUAGCAGAUAUGAAAUUCAAAUAGAAAUGUUAAGAAUGAAAAUAGUUGAAAAAGAUACAAUGAAAAAUAUUGAUACCUUAAUAGUGUCAAGAAAUAAUACUUCACUACCAAAAUCAAAUAUCAUUCAAUAUCUUGGACAACAUUAUACAGAGGAAGAAAUUAUUGCAAACAUUAAUUUACAAUCGAUUAAAGAGAUUUACCUUUUCAAAUUAAUAACAACAUCAGCAGCAUCAUCAUCGUUCAUUAAUUCAAUUUCCAAGAAUCUAAAUGAAAAUAACUUUAAUACAAAUGAAUUUUCAAAUUUUAUAAUUAAGAAUUAUAAAAUUGAACCAUUACUACAAGAAAUUUUUAAAUUUCAUCAAUCGAUAGAUUCUUUAAUUUGGUUUACAAAAUAUUUUAAUCCAGGUGUUGUUGGUGUUAAAUGGAUUGGUGAUCAAUUAAAUGAUCUAUCAAACAAUCUUUCAAAAGAUGAAAAACUCAAAUUAUUAACAAUCUUUCAAAAAGAUGUUCAAUCAUUACAAGUUAUCAUUGAAGAUAUUAUUUAUCCAAUUAAAGAUUUCAUUAAUUUUAGUGAAUGUCAAGAUUGGUUUUAUCAAUUUGGUAAAAAUACAAAAACUGUCGGUAUAUUAAUUUUAAAGAGUUAUUAUGAAAAUUGCAUCAUUCAAAAUGCUGAAUACUCUGCAUUAGAGGAAUUAUUAGAAAUGAUGCAAAAUGAUAAGAGAAUUGAAACCAUUUGGAAUGAUUUUGACAAAAAAGAUUAUUCUCAAUACUUUAUAAAUUGUCAAGAUAAUGGAGAACAGAUUUUCAAAUUUUUAUCAGUGAUGGCAUCAGAAAAAAACAAAAAAUUCUUUUCAAAUAUUAUUAGUAAUAAUUUCAUUAUUCAUAUUAGAAACGUAUUAUCAAAUGAUUUAUUAUUCAUUAUGUCAUUUUCAAGCUUUGAAAAUAUUAAUUUUUACGUUACAAAAGUAAUUGUAAAUGAAAUGGUAACUUUAAACUUAAACAAUUUUGAAAUGUUAACUCAAUUAAUUAAAGAUUAUGGUCACCAUUUUAGUUCAAAGUCAAUUUUAAAUUUAUUCGAUCAUUUUAGUAAAAUUGAAAACAUUGAAAUGUUGGAUAUCUUGGUAUUGAAAUUUUGUGAUUAUUUCUUAGAUUUCAAAUAUAAGAUAACUACCAACAAUUUAGAUUUAAUAAAUUGGUUCAUUGAAAAGAGAUCAACCUUCCCAAGAGUUAAUUACUCUGACAUUUUCGAUUUGGUAAUUAAAGAUCUAUCAAAUACAAAUGGUAGUAAAGUUACAUCAAAUACAAUUGAUACCAUUUUUAAUUUUCUUUAUGAAAACAACAUUUAUCAAUUACCACCAAAAAAAUUCAAAGGUACCGAUGCUGAUUACAUUUCCUAUGAUGCUGUAAAUUUCAUUAAACAUCUCUAUAUUCAAUUAUCAGAUAAUAAUCAAAAUAAUCAAAAUGAAAAAAUCAUUAAUUUAUGUAUUGAAAUCUUUCAAUUACUUUAUGAAAAUUAUGAAUUAUUCUAUUGGGAUAAUAAUCUAUUUUCUUCAAUUCCAAAAUUCAAUAUUGAAGGUGAAUCAUUAUUAUUAUUAAAUGAUAGAGUUACUUUAAAAUCAAUUUCCACUUCUAAAAAUAAUAAUAAAAAUAAUAAUAAUAAUAAUAAUAAUAAUAAUAAUAAUAAUAAUAAUAAUAAUAAUAAUAAUAAUAAUAAUAAUAAUAAUAAUAAUAAUAAUAAUAAUAAUAAAAAUAUUCAAGCUAUACCAAGUCCACCAGUACAACAAACAACAAAUCAAAUUCAAAAGAAUGUUAAAUCAAAGAAAAUUAAAAUUAUUGAACAAUGUUUUAUUCAUUCAGAUAUUGAUAAUUUAAUUGGGUACGGAUUUGUUAGAGAAGCUGUUGAUUGUUAUAAAUCAAAAGGUUUAAAAUCAGUAGUUUGCUUGACAGAUUCACAAUUAAAAAAAAUUAUUAAAUACUAUGAUUUAGAAUUUUUUGUUCAUAUAAAUUUCUCUCCACCACAAAACACAUUCGAACUCGUUCAAACAGCAAUUGCCAAUGGUAGAGAGGAUAUAUUUGAAUUUUUAAUUGGUCACUUUAAUAUUGAUAUGUCAAUUGGAUUUUUCAAACAAUUAAUAAUAAAAACUGCAUCAAAAACUGAUCUAUUGGCUACCAAGUAUUUAUUUGAAAAUUAUUCCAAAUUUUCCAAGAAUGUCAUUCCAACAUUAUUUGAUAUUUCAAUUAAAAAUAAUGAUAUUUUAUUAUUCAAUUACCUUGCCUCAACUCCUUUGGGUUCUGAAAUGGCUCAAGAAUCAAGUACUACUUCUUUCAAAAUGUAUUUUAAAAACAAACUUGGAAAAUAA